UCUCAGUCUUUCCUGACUGUUGGUUAAGAAUGUUGUCAUAGGAUUUCGGAAUCCGCCUUUGUUUUGAUUUGAUGGAUUUUAAGUGGAUCUUUCUUGUUUAUUCUGUUCGUUUGUAUUAAUUAUAUUCGUGAUUAGAGGUAUGGUGCCGUUGUCAGUGAUCUGAACAUUCGGAAAAGCAUUUGUGCGAUAAUUUUGGACGAAAUGGUGCUUCAGUAACGUUGAAAGAGGUUAAAAUGUUAUAUAUUUUGCCACCACCACGAAAUCCCAGUCCUCCAUCGCCUUGGGAUAGUAUUUUGUAUGGGUCUGUAAGUGGUGAAACAAACAGGGAAACUUCAAGUAACCUGAAUAAAAUAGAGAGAAAAGCUGGAAAACGGUUAUCAAAGAUUGCUAAAUCUAUCAUAAGCAAAAUAGGGGAUGGAUUAAGCAGCCAAAAUGAAAUGGAUCCAAGUCGGAGUUCUAAAAGCCUCAGCGAAUGUUACUUCGCGGGCAAAGGCACGGCACUGGUGCUCCCCGACGCAGAGGCGUCAACGUCGCCGCAACGGGGGGUGGAGGGCGGUGGACAGCGUCCCUCUGUCACCGGUACCAGUAUACAGAAGCACCUACAGUCUAUGUUCUAUCUAUUGCGACCGGAAGAAACGCUCAAAAUGUUGGUGCAAGUGAAUAUUCAAUUCCGAUGUCGAAUCAAUUUCGAGAAGCUAUUUUUCUUGAUUGCCCACAAACUUGCCGCACCUGUAAAAUCUAUAAACGCGGUGAAAUUAGAAAGUAUGCACACGGGUAGAACGAGGUACUUGGUUGUCGUCUCCAGAAUGGGAAAUCGGGGAGAAGAAUCCUGUCUCCUUGGUAUAGAUUGUAACGAGAGAACAACCGUCGGUUUGGUGUUGAGGGUAUUGGCGGACACUUCGAUACGAUUGGAUGGUGACGGGGGCUUCAGUGUCAGCGUAUGCGGUAAACAUCACAUUUUCAAGCCAGUUUCCGUCCAGGCCAUGUGGUCGGCGUUGCAGACCCUGCACAAGGCCAGUUCGAAAGCGCGCGAGCAAAACUACUUCCAGGCCGGUCUGACCCACGGUUGGGUGGAUUACUAUGAGGCCAGGAUCGAAUCGGACCGAUCGUGUCUCAACGAGUGGCACGCCAUGGACAACCUGGAGUCGAAACGACCCCCGUCUCCCGAUUCCAUCAGAACGAAGCCCACGGAGAGGGAGGAGACCGAACGGGUGAUCAGGAGCACCCUGAAGGAAAUCAUGAUGUCCGUGGACCUCGACGAGGUCACCAGCAAGUAUAUACGUACAAGAUUAGAGGAAGAAUUAGACGUGGAUUUGGGAGAGUACAAGUCUUUCAUUGACCAAGAAAUGUUGACGAUUCUUGGCCAGAUGGAUGCCCCAACAGAAAUUUUCGAGCAUGUCUACUUGGGGUCUGAGUGGAAUGCUUCUAACUUCGAGGAAUUGAGGAAGAAUGGGGUUGGCCAUAUCCUCAACGUGACCAAGGAGAUCGAUAACUUCUUUCCCGGUACAUUCGACUACCUCAACAUCCGAGUAUACGACGACGAAAAAACCGAUCUGCUCAAGCAUUGGGACGACACCUUUAAAUAUAUCACAAAAGCGAGAAACGCAGGUUCAAAAGUGCUGGUACACUGCAAAAUGGGAGUCAGUAGAUCAGCGUCCGUUGUGAUAGCGUACGCCAUGAAGGCCUACAAUUGGGACUUCAAGACUGCGUGGAAACACGUCAAGGGGAAGAGAACCUGCAUCAAGCCAAAUACCGCCUUCUUGGCGCAGCUGGAAACUUACAGAGGUAUAUUGGACGCGAUGCAAAACAAGGAGAAACUGCAGAGAUCAAAGUCUGAAACUAAUCUGAAAAAGAGCGAGGGUGGAACACACAAGAAUCCUAAGGUUCUGAUUGGAAGCGAGCCAACGCCUAUCAUCAGAGCUCUGGAUCAACGCACAACCGAAGGGAUGUCCGGAAUAGAAUUGAGGAAUUUAGGGUUGCGACCGAAAUCCUGGUCGCCAGACUGCGGCAUAACCAAAGAAUUGACGACGGUCGGUAAAUCGUCGCCCGUUUUUCUAUCCCUGGAGGAUCUCAGCCAGAAGUCCUCGUCGAGGGAGUCGGUGAGAAAUUCGCAGCACACGCCAGACAGAAGGUCCUUUCUUCCUCGACACAUGCUGAUGCCCUGCGAUAACGGAGAAUCGUACAGCGUGUCGCCGAAUCAGAUCGUUCACUUGCCCGGACAGCAUGCCGACACCUGCGUCAUAGCGUCCGUCAAAGACAGGAUCAUCGAGCUGGAAUCGAACGCGGAACAGAAAUUGAUCGAUCGGAAGAAGCUGGUUCUUAAUCUGGCCAAUCAGAUUGAUGCGAUCUCGAGCGAGCUACAAGAUAAAACCGACGAACUAAGGGACGUAACCGAAGUAAGCUCCAGGCAGAUACCGAACACAGAUACCUGGGAUCCUGGAGAAGCACAGGUGAACCUCAGAGAAAGCCAAAAUAAAAACAGUUGUAGUGAAAUCUGUGAUUUCGAUAACGCUAAAAAAACCAGUGCGGUUAACCAACCCGUGUGGACCUCAUCGACCGUUCUAAAGACAUUGUCGAAGCCGCAACCGAUCGGUAAUAAUAACAAAGUUCCUGAAUCUCAAAAAGACAAAAGUGAGCGAAAAGACUGCGACCCUUUCUCGAAUGUGGUGGACCGCGUGUUCGACAGAGAAGAGAAAAAGCAGCAACGCGUCUCGGUGAUUCCUGUGUUGCCUGUUCAAGAACAGCAGGAUAGGCGGGAGUGUCCGUCGCGUCAAAAUUCCUGGAGUUCUUACGACAGCGCCGUGGUUAUGGGUGGUCAGACCGAGCUAUCUAGGCACAGUUCAUGGGGAUCGGGCGACACGCGCACGUUACCUUCGAGGAACAGUUCGUGGGGUUCGUAUGACAUUAGACAGCGCGGCUCCGUACAUUACACCAACGAGAGAGGCGAAAAAGUUGCGCAUAAUGCCGAAGAUAAUACCAGUUCUGACAGGGACGAUGUACCUUGGUGGCACUCUGGAACUGUCAGAAGGACAAAACAAAAGUUAGAAAGUUCUGCCUCCAAAAGAAAGUCUGGAAUAGUUGACACCAUGGACUCUAUGGAUCAUUCCGACUCUUCGGACACAACCGAAAAUACCGAAUCCUCCAAGGAAUCGCUCAAACCUAAAAAAUCGAGUGCCAUAUCAACAAGUAUAGAAAUACCUAAAAAAGUUGCAGAUAUCAGACAGAAAGAUAACUAUAGGUUGUCAUUGAGCGCUCCCGAACCUUCCUCUAUGAAUCUAGUCGUUAAAGAAUGCUCUCUUUCAAGGUGUGCUUCCAAUGAAUCUCCUGUGAAUAAAAUCCAGCCUUCAUCCGUGAAGCAACAUCGGACCUUUUUAGAAAACCUCCACAAGGAAGCUGUUCAGAUAAAGAAAACGGAUGAAUCCCUUCAGAACUCUAAUAUCUCGGGCAUAGUGAGAAGCCUCAAACGUGAAUUCGAAGCCAAGACAGUAACAACAACAGAAACUACCAACAAUGAUCCUUCAGAUACAAGGACGAAGAGCAAAGGAGGUAGUCUACCGUCUUCUCCAACAAGCGUGCACGUGGAAAGAGCCAAACCUCCAGAAGAUCUCAACUUGAAGAACCUCAUUGGGAUCUUCGAAAGCAACAAACAGGAAGAAAAUAAGUCACCGCCUGUCUGCCAGCGACCCAAAUUUUCUCGAUCCGAAUCGUCGCACAACAAAAGCACAGCUCGGUAUUCAUGUAUCGAGGUAUCAACACCCUUUUGCACUUUUCAGACUCCUCUCAUAGCCAAUAUGAAGAAAAACGUCGAGGGCGAAUUCAAAAGACCGCCGGUACCCCCUGUGGUUAGGAAAAUGGUGGCGGCCACUGUUAUAGCGACCGCCGCCAAAAAGCAGCAGCAGUUUGGGAAGAGCCAUCCUUUGGCCAGAUUGAACAUCAAACCAAGGCACAAUAAUCCCGUAUACAACACUAUGUAAUGCUCAAAAGGUGUUGACCGAUAAUUAAGUACCAGUUUAUUUUUGGAGGUCGUACAAUUUUUCAUUCAGCAGGGAUGAAUUUUGAGAGGGCAUUUUCUAUAAUCUUUUUUUCAGCACGAUUUCCCUGUGAACUAUUUCCUCGAAUUUUUCAUGAAUAAAUGAAGAAAAUUGAAGGCUCAUGUUUUCACGAAUUUAUAAAGAUUAGUAUCGUGCUAGGUUUUUUCAAUGCGAGUUCAAUGAAAGAUUAAUUUUGCUCCAUAUAACCUCAUUUUAUUUUGACGUUUAAUGUUUGACAGCUGAUAUUGCAGGGAACAAUAAUUGUAUUUGAAAUAAAUUGACUUGAUUUUUCCUCUUACCAAAUGAUUAUUACUAACAUUUUCUUUCCAUAAAAUUUUUCUCUAUUGUGAUUCAAUGUAUUUGAACUCCGGAUGUUUCGUUGCUGGAAAAACAACCAUGAGUUUCUACAACAUUCAGUAUUUUGUCAAUUUCUGAAUUUCCUUCGCUUCACUACUAAUUUUGAAUGCCUUCAAAAAUAAACUGCCUUUUAUACAGGCUGUGACUGCAUUAAUUUAUUCUUUUUAUGCAGGAUAUUUCGUUAGUUUUAUAAUGAUUACUAGUAGAAUUUGGCUUUUUCACGAAUUUUUUAAUAAAUUUUAUUUACAAAAUGUGUUUUUCUCAGUUAUAUUGAACUAUUUAAAAAACUUCAAGCUCAUUAUGAAAGUACUGAAUUACUGUACAAAACCUGUUUGAAAUUGAACAACCUCGGAUAAUUUGGAUAGUAACGCAUGACAUGUAAUUUCGUUAACAUGAACAAUUGAUGUCAUACUCAACAUACCCUUAGAAAUAAUUCAGUCUUUGCAUUGGACUUUCACAUUCAUGACAAUAGUGAAACAUGCACAUUUGAUUGUUGAGGUUAGUAAGAAGAAGAGGAUAUAUAAUGAUUACAAAAGGUUAAAAAACUGAGUAUAGUGCAAAUUAAUUAAGUGUCUGUACAUUAGAUGCAAACAUAUUUUUGGAAAUUGUUGAAAUGAUUUGUGAAUCGAAAAUAUUGGUGGUAAAAUUUUAUUUAAUGAACUUGAUAACUGCAUUCAAAUAAUAUCAAUUACUCAAUUUUUUGGGGUAAUUCAAUUAAACUUACUUUGUCAUCAGGUCAUCAUUCCCUCUAUUGGAAACUAAAUUUCUCAAUUCAAGACUUUUUCCAGAAUGCAGUUAUGAAGUUAUUAUUACUCUCACUGCCAGUGCUACCACCUGUGGACCAUAAAACAAUAAACGCGAAUGAGCACAGGGGUAUUUUUUGUUUGUUCCGAUACAGCAUUUGGUGUGAUAGAACUAGCUAUUUCAGAUUUGGCUGUUCAAAUAUCUAGUCUAGUAUGAGUACUCUCAUCUCGAAAUGUGGGUGAAGAAUGUAUAGAAUGAUAUUUUAAAAUUUUCAGUUGAAACAGAAACUUGGGAUUCCUUUAUUUCAAUACCUACUUCCCAUGUAGCAACUUCUCCUGAAUAUAUGUGAUGAUAUCCAAGCUUUAUGUUGAAAUUACCGGAUUAAGUUGUCGGAAAAUCUCUACUUGGAUUUUAACUACAUCAGUUAUGUGUCUGAUAUUAGAAUUAAAAAAUUGUUCAGUAGAAUGUACAUAGCGAUAUUUUAUUCCAUAAUAAAGUUGUUUGAGAAAGUUUAAAUGCUGUUUCUUGCUUUUGUCUGUAUUUGUGUGAUAGCAACUUUUGUACUAUAGCCUAUUUCUAUAAAUUUAAGAAUUGUAUAGCUUAAAUCUGUUCACAACUUGAAUAAAAGCGACUGUUUAGUA